AAAUUAAAAGAUAGUGAGGGGUUCAACCCAAAAAUUCCCAUCGCUUCUCAAGUUCUACCCCUGCUGUGGCAGUUGCUUCUGCCCCCGCCGCCGCCGCCAGUUCUAGGGUUAGCUCGUCGGCGUCCAGCCCUCUCACUCUCCCCCUCCGCUCUCACGAUGGCGGAGAGCGCGAAGCCGACGCCGCAGCUGGAGCUCUUCAACUCGAUGACGAAGAAGAAGGAGCUCUUCGAGCCGCUUGUGGAGGGGAAGGUCCGCAUGUAUGUGUGCGGCGUCACGCCCUACGACUUCAGCCACAUCGGCCACGCCCGCGCCUACGUCGCCUUCGACGUCCUCUACAGGUAUCUUAAAUUCUUGGGGUACGAGGUCGAAUAUGUGCGCAACUUCACUGAUAUUGAUGACAAGAUUAUCAAACGAGCAAAUGAAGCUGGUGAAACUGUAACUAGCUUGAGCAGCCGGUUUAUUAAUGAAUUCCUUCUCGAUAUGGCUCAGCUCCAGUGCUUACCCCCAACUUGUGAGCCACGUGUGACGGAUCACAUUGAACAUAUUAUAGAGUUGAUAACCAAGAUAAUGGAGAAUGGGAAAGCCUAUGCUAUGGAAGGAGAUGUUUACUUUUCAGUUGAUACUUUCCCUGAGUAUCUCAGUUUAUCUGGAAGGAAGUUAGAUCAUAAUCUUGCUGGUUCGCGGGUUGCUGUCGAUACAAGAAAGCGGAACCCUGCAGACUUUGCGCUGUGGAAGGCUGCUAAGGAAGGCGAACCUUUCUGGGAUAGCCCAUGGGGCCGUGGUAGACCAGGAUGGCAUAUUGAAUGCAGUGCAAUGAGUGCUCAUUAUUUAGGACAUGUGUUUGAUAUCCAUGGUGGAGGGAAAGAUCUGAUAUUUCCUCAUCAUGAGAAUGAGCUUGCUCAGAGCCGGGCAGCUUAUCCAGAAAGUGAGGUCAAAUGUUGGAUGCACAAUGGGUUUGUUAACAAGGAUGAUCAGAAAAUGUCAAAGUCAGAUAAAAAUUUCUUCACAAUCCGAGAUAUUAUUGAUCUGUACCAUCCCAUGGCUUUGAGGUUUUUCCUGAUGCGCACACAUUACAGAGGAGAUGUGAAUCACUCUGACAAAGCACUUGAGAUAGCAUCUGAUCGUGUCUACUACAUAUAUCAGACUUUAUAUGACUGUGAGGAAGUGUUGUCUCAAUAUCGUGGAGAGAAUAUCUCUGUCCCGGUCCCUGUUGAGGAACAAGAUAUGGUUAACAAGCACCAUUCAGAAUUCUUGGAAUCUAUGGCGGAUGAUCUUAGAACAACAGAUGUUCUGGAUGGCUUUACUGACUUGCUGAAGGCAAUUAACAGCAAUUUGAAUGAUUUUAAGAAGUUGCAACAGAAGCUAGAGCAGCAAAAGAAGAAACAACAACAGCAGAAGCAGCAGAAGCAAAAGCAGCAGCAGGCACAGAAACAACCAGAAGAAUAUAUUCAAGCUAUGUUUGCACUUGAGACAGAAAUUAAAAAUAAAAUAUCUAUCCUUGGUCUGAUGCCACCUUCUUCCUUGGCAGAGGCACUGAAGCAACUUAAGGAUAAAGCUUUGAAGAGAGCAGGGUUGACUGAAGAACUGUUGCAGGAGCAAAUUGAGCAGAGAACUGCUGCAAGGAAAAACAAGCAGUUUGAUGUGUCUGACCAAAUCAGGAAACAGCUAGGCAGCAAAGGCAUAGCCCUCAUGGAUGAACCUACUGGUACAGUAUGGAGACCAUGCGAGCCAGAGUCUGAAUAGUCACAUGAUUGAUUUGUGCUUUGGUUAACAGGUGAUGGUACAAACUGGAAAAUUUAACCAAGCACAUCUGCUGAAUUGGUGUAAAUUGAUGCAGAUCAACAUUUUUUUUUGUAAUUUUGUAGGGGUUUAAGUUCACUGGCCAACUGAAACUUGCGUUUCUCGUGGUGUAAGAAGCAAAACCCCAUAUACUGAUAUACUCGAGGACUCCCUUGUUGGAUGUUAUGCUUUGGAUUUGAAUAUUGAAGUCAAAUCAUAAUUACAUUUGCAUGAUCAGAA